UCAUUUAUAUGCACAGAUCGGUGUUAUUGAGAGAAAGCAACGGGGAUCUGGUUUUAAUUCGAGUCACAUCGUCAAACUUCCCAUUUAAAUUGGAUUUACUCAUUUUUAAAAUUUGACCUUAGGCCAUGUGUGCCCUGUUGGAAGAAAAGGACAAGACAUUUAGAUUCUACUGGAAAUAAAAAGUUAAACACGUCCCCAGUGCAGGAUUCAUACAUCUCUUGAAUCACUCAGAGUAACAUAUUUGGCGCCUAUAUUCAUAAGAAUCGCAUCAUUAACGGUAGCUACACGGAGCGAGCACCAUACAUUUAAAAACAGGCGAGAGCAGGAGAACUAACUCUGAAUGUGUUUUUGUUUGACAUCUUUCACCUUCAACGCACUUAAACGGGUCACUAAAAGUCAAUGAGACGUGCCCAUAGCAUGGCGUGGAUCCACUGAGAUUCAGCGAUGACGCAAGCUGAAUAAGCGGAGCGCACAGAUGAUGAGCGGAAGCGCCAGUGCGCACCUCCCCAUCAUAAUCUGGCUGAGCAGCGUCGCUGUCUUUUCAGCACCACUCACUGACAAUCCAACCAACCGGAGAGGGAAGACAAGCCAAGCUGACUUCUCUGCAAUAUUGUGUGGAUUUUUUCCUCCCCAAGAUAACAAAUCAGUACAACUUUUUUGACUAGAGCUACUUAAAGAGCUAUCAAAUUCUUAUUUUAUUCUGCCGAGUUUCCAUCUGCUGAAAGUAAGAAUUCAAAUUUAUUUUUCAAACGCGACCGAUCAUGUGGUUGUUGGAUGUGUGAUUUUGUGAUUUUUCACUGCGGAUCCUGGUUUGUUUGUCCCCCCCUGCCCACCCCCUCAAAUGAUUACACUAUAAAUCAAGUUUUGCCUUUUUAUUUUACUUUGGAAGUCUAGAAAAAUGUCCACAACCACUUGAAUCAAUGUGGUUUUGUUAUUAUAACAAGUUUAUUUAAUUAUUUUACGGGAGACUUCAAACGUUUGUUUUCCUUUAAUACGUGGAAUUUGUGUAUCUGGUCGGGAUGCUGAUUUUAGUAGCUGGACUUUUGUACCUGGUCAGUGGACGUACGGUGAGAAGCCAGGAUGCUACAGGUAGCCGCUUCGUUUGUAACGCCAUUCCCCCGGGCGCAGAGCCGGGCUGCGGGUACGGUCCUACGGGGAACCGCGUCCAGAGCAGCAGCCCUGUGGAGGACGAGCUGCGGAAUACGAUCAUCCAGCUCCGGGAGACAAUCCUGCAGCAGAAGGAGACCAUCGUGAGCCAGCAAGGGACAAUCAAGGAGCUCAACUCCAAACUGGCGCGCUGCGAGGCGGCAGCAGACGAAUCGUCGCAGAGCAAGUCCCGGGGUCAGGGCUCCAGACGGAAGGAGUACGGAAAGAAUACGAUGGGUGACCUGCCCCGGGACCCCAGCGAGACCAUAGAUCAACUGGGCAAGACCAUGCAGAGUCUCAAGGGUCGGCUGGAGAACUUGGAGCAGCAGAGUUUGCGUCUCCCCAGCACAAACGUGUCAGCUGGAGGUGUCUCGGCAUUGACACCCCUGCCGCCGGAGCUGCGGGAGCUGUUGCGGCAGCGUCUGGGAGCGCUGGAGACCCAGCUCCUCCGGAAGGUGGCCGAGCUGGAGGAGGAGAAGAGCCAGCUCUACAACGAAACAGCGGCCCACCGCCAACGCACCGAGAGCACUCUCAAUUCCCUCCUGGAGAGGAUCACCGAGCUUGAGAAAAGUAAUAAUGCCUUCAAGUCGCCCGAGGACUUCAAGGUGUCCCUCCCUCUUCGUACCAACUACCUGUAUGGACGCAUAAAGAAGAGCCUCCCAGAAAUGUACGCCUUCACUGUGUGCAUGUGGCUCAAGUCCAGUGCUAGUCCCGGCAUAGGAACUCCAUUCUCUUACGGCGUGCCAGGCCAGGCCAAUGAGAUUGUCCUCAUCGAAUGGGGGAACAACCCCAUUGAGCUACUAGUCAAUGAUAAGGUGGCUCAGCUCCCUCUGUCAGUAAGUGACGGCCGCUGGCACCACAUCUGCAUCACCUGGACGACAAGAGAUGGUUUCUGGGAGGCUUACCAGGAUGGCGAGCGCCUGGGCACUGGGGACAACCUGGCCCCCUGGCACCCAAUUAAACCUGGAGGGGUGAUCAUCCUGGGCCAGGAGCAGGACAUAGUCGGAGGCCGUUUUGACGCCACCCAGGCCUUUGUGGGCGAGCUGAGCCAGUUCAACAUGUGGGACCGAGUACUGCGGCCCGUCGACAUCAUGGGUCUGGCCAACUGCUCGGCCUACAUGCCGGGCAAUGUGGUCCCUUGGAUUGAUGCAAAUGUGGAAGUGUUUGGUGGUGCAAGUAAAGCUGCUCUGGAGAUCUGUGAAGAUCGUGCUUUUGAUUCCUAAAGGCUCUGACAAGAGGAAAUCCAGUAAUGCCACUGGGAUUGAGAAGCUGAGUAUUCUGACUGUUGCCUCAGUCAAGUCCCACAGGAAAGGGUAUAGUACAACAUUUUUACAUAUUUAUAAGCUCUGACUGUUCAAAGACUCCCUAUUUAUUGGACUCACAUGCUGAUGUGUCCAUUCGAGUUGAACCCUGAGGACAUUACAGGAGACUUGAAAUUAGUCUGCCCAUCUGAAGAAGGUAUCCUGUUGCAUCAGUUUACUGUAAUGAUACAACCUACUGUCAAUGUGUGUUGUCUCUUCAGCAGAUCAGCUUUCAUUUGACACCCCUUUGAAGAUGUCUGUUUUUGGUUGCAUUCCUUCGACUGACAAUGCUGCACUGUAUUCGUGGUGAAUGUGCUCAAACGGCUCAAACAGGCUUUGAUGUGCUGUGGAACACUAUUCCUGAUUUAAGUGGUAGAGUACUAGAUUCUGUGAGUUUCCUCGCUGUUUAACGAGCAAUGAGGCGCCAAACCAGGGGUGCAGCGAAAUCAGGUGGAUGCUCAUGAGUACAAGGUGGACAAGAACAACCCUCACCUCGAUUAAUUUGAGACAACACAGCAGAAAGAGGUGAACGGGAGUUAUUUGAGAAGGGACAGAGCAUGCUUUCUCUCAAUACACCGUGUGCUUGUGGUGCAUCCAAACAAGCCAAUGCAAAGUACUGACAACAUUAC